CUUAUUACCAAUUUUGAAUACAUACAAUGAUAUCCGUUGAACGUAAAAUUUAUUUUGGGUACACAUAACCUAGACAGAAGACAAAAAUCAUCGAAUUAUACACGGGAAAAGUGGAGAAAUAAGAGUAACAAGAGUUAGUAUUGGUUGUUUUAGAAGACUGCGGUGGCCGAUGGAGAAGCAGUUGACAAGUCUUGGUGAAUGAAGCUCCUCACCGGUACCUGAUGUAAUUCCCUCUGGGGAUCGUGAAGCUGUGUGGUUUGUAAACUGAGAUACAAGUAUUGUCGUUGGUUGUGGAAGGCUCGCGUCUAUAUGUGUGCUCGGUUGCCCCUGGUGACGGGGGUGGUGGCAAGCUGCAGACAUUGGGCGCAUAGCGAGCAAGCACGCUCUCAAAGUUCCCGUGUCUGGCAAGAACGGGUGUGCUGGUAGUCGUGAUCGCGGCGGCCGUCGAGCCAAUAAGGGUUCUGGAGGAGGAGGAGGGGCAGGAGGAGGAGGAGGCCCCCGUGCCGACCUGGUAGUUGGUCCACCAGCCUCUAACAACCCGCCAGCGCCGCCAGUCAUGAACCACGUCACUGAACCUCCCACCCCUGACAAGGACCUCGAACUUAUGGACACCCAGGAAGAAGAAGUUGCUGAGGAGGGUGGAGGGGAUGGAGGAGGGGGAGACGGUGGAGGUGGUGGCGGUGGUGGAGGAGGAGGAGGUGGAGGAGGUGGAGGAGGAGGAGGAGGAGUGACCAUAACCGAGGGUGGUGAAGAAGAACAGAUGAAUGGAGACACACAAGAAGUGUCCUCCUCGACAACACUACACGACACUCAUGAUACUGAUAUGGAUGAUGAUGAGGCUCGGUCAGAAGCAAGUUUUCAGUAUCGCGUUAAGGAUUUUAGCAAGUUGAAGGAUACAAUGCUCUCACAUCCAUGCUAUGUACGAAACCUGCCCUGGAAGAUUAUGGUGAUGCCACGUACAAGUCAGGCUCAAGACCGACAGCCUCAGCGUUCCCUUGGAUUCUUCUUGCAGUGCAACGGAGAGUCAGAGUCAACAUUAUGGUCUUGCAAUGCUGUUGCGGAAUUACGUCUGCUCUCUGUUCGACCAAACCAAGAACCGUUUACCCGAAAAAUCCAGCACUUAUUUUACAAUAAAGAAAAUGAUUGGGGAUUUUCUCACUUUAUGGCAUGGAAUGACGUUCUGGAUGUUGAAAAAGGCUAUAUCAAGGAUGAUGCUAUCACGCUAGAGGUCUGGGUAUCGGCUGAUGCUCCACAUGGUGUGUCGUGGGAUAGUAAAAAACACACUGGCUGUGUUGGGCUCAAGAACCAGGGUGCCACCUGCUAUAUGAAUUCUCUCCUCCAAGUACUGUAUUUCACAAGCCAAUUAAGAAUGGCUGUUUAUAAAAUGCCAACUGAGAGUGAUGACUCAACUAAAAGUGUGGCUUUGGCUCUUCAACGAGUGUUCCACGAACUUCAGACAAGUGAUAGGCCAGUUGGCACUAAGAAGCUUACGAAGUCAUUUGGCUGGGAGGCAUUAGACUCCUUCAUGCAGCAUGAUGCUCAAGAAUUUCUUAGAGUGCUUCUUGACAAAUUAGAAACAAAAAUGAAAGGGACUUGUGUUGAAGGAGUUAUUCCAAGGUUAUUUGAAGGCAAGACAUUGUCUUACUUCAGGUGUAAACAUGUAGACUACACCUCAUCAAGAACAGAGACCUUUUAUGAUAUCCAGCUAAAUAUAAAAGGAAAGAAGGACAUCUACGAGUCCUUUAAGGAUUACGUCAGUGUAGAAACUUUGGAGGGCGACAAUAAGUACGAUGCUGGGGAACACGGGCUGCAGGAGGCAGACAAGGGCGUCUUAUUCCAGAGCUUCCCACCGGUACUUCACCUUCACCUAAUGAGGUUCCAGUAUGACCCCAUCACAGACUCCAAUGUCAAGAUAAAUGAUAGAUACGAGUUCCCAGAGAAGUUACUCAUGGACCAGUUCCUUCAGGAACCUGACACCACUCCAGCCACUUAUGUUCUCCACGCUGUCCUGGUUCACUCCGGGGAUAACCAUGGAGGGCAUUAUGUAGUGUUCAUCAACCCUAAGGGAAAUGGUCGGUGGUGUAAAUUUGAUGAUGAUGUAGUAUCAAGAUGUAGUAAACAAGAGGCUAUUGAUUACAACUUUGGGGGGCAUGAAGAUGACCUCAACCUGACAGUGAAACACUGUACGAAUGCCUACAUGCUUGUGUACAUAAGAGAGUCAUGCCUCAGAACUGUGCUACAGGAAGUCACAGAGGAGGACAUUCCCCAGGAGCUUAUUGACCGGUUGCAGGAAGAAAAGAGGAUCGAAAUGAUACGCCGCAAGGAACGAAAUGAGGCUCACCUAUACAUGAAUAUCCAGGUCAUCCUAGAGGACUCAUUCUCUGGUCACCAGGGUAAUGACCUGUAUGAUCCAGAUAAGGCCAACUAUCGAAUAUUCCGGGUCAAAAAAUCUGCGACACUACAGGACUUCUUGGAGCAAGUUGCAGAAAGCCUUAAAUAUCCCGUGGAACAAAUUCGACCAUGGCCGCUAAAUCUCCGGACGAAUCAAACAAACAGACCUACUCUUCUAGACCUUGAUACUGAUCUCCACAAACCCUUAUCAGAGAUAAGUGACAGCAGUAAUCCUUGGACAGUGUUCAUUGAGACAGUGCCUCCAGAUUCAGGAUUAAAGGCACUAACUGCAUUUGAUAAGGAUUCAGAUGUUCUCCUCUUCUUCAAAUAUUAUGACCCACGUCACAAGCGGUUGCACUACUGUGGCCACCACUACAUGCACAUCUCCUUCAAUGUCCGCACAGAGGAGUUGGUGCCGCUGUUGAACGAGCGUGCAGGGUUGCCUCAGGGCACUGAAUUAGCGCUGUUUGAAGAAAUCAAACCCAAUCUGGUGGAAAGGCUCGCUGACCUUGACCGACCAUUAGAAAAGGUACUGGAUGAGCUGAUGGAUGGAGAUAUCAUAGUGUUCCAGCGUGAUGAUCUCCUGGAUGAUCCCAACCUUGAGAGUCCGUCCUGCCGUGAUUACUUUAGGGACCUCUUUUUCAGGGUGGAGGUAACGUUCUGUGAUAGGACAGCUCCAGCAGACCCAGGAUUCAUCAUGGAGUUGUCUCAACGGAUGAAUUAUGACCAGGUGGCACGAGCAGUUGCCCAUCGUUUAGAUACUGACCCUUAUCUGUUACAGUUUUUCAAGUCACAGAGCUACAGGGAAGGGCCAGGAAACCCAGUGAGAUGUACCUAUGAGGGAACUCUCAAAGAUAUGCUAGUCUGCAUGAAGCCACGGCUCCCUAAGAAGAUAUAUUAUCAGCAGCUUAGUAUUAGAAUAAACGAACUUGAAAAUAAAAGGCAAUUUAAGUGUAUGUGGCUUGGGGAAAGAAUGAAAGAUGAGCUGGAGUUGGUUCUUUAUCCAAAUAAGAGCGGAACUGUUGCCGACCUGUUACAUGAAGCCAGAAAACAAGUAUCCUUAGCAGAGAAUGGUUCUGGUAAAUUAAGGCUUGUAGAUAUUGCUUCAUAUAAGAUUGCCACCACACCACCUGAAAGUAUGAGCUUGGACAACCUCAGCACUGCAGGAACCAGAUCUUACCGAGUAGAAGAAAUUCUAACAGACGAGCUCCACAUUGCUGACGAUGAAAUGCUAAUACCAGUUGCACAUUUCCAUAAAGAAGUAUUUUCAACCUUUGGCAUCCCAUUUCUUUUAAAAGUAAAGCAGGGCGAGCAAUUCACUCACGUUCGGGAUCGUAUUCAGAAGAAGUUGGAGGUAGCAGACAAGGAAUUUGAAAAGUACCGGUUUGCCAUUGUUCUGAUGGGGAGACCAACUUUCCUUACCGAUGAGGAUACAGUUAACCUACAAGACUUCAAACCACACCCAACCCCGGCUAACUUACCCGCAAAACCCUGGCUGGGACUGGAACACGUCAACAAGGCUCCAAAGCGCUCUCGGUACAACUACCUGGAGAAAGCCAUUAAGAUAUACAACUGAGAGUCAAGUUGUUGGAAUGGGAGCAUCUUGACUGGAGCCAAUAGGAAAACAGCAAGUGGGUGGUGGCUUGCCUGUUCCUGUGUGUGUGGUGUUGCUGCUCUGUGCUGUGUCCCACUUGGUGCUGCUGCUCUGACGUCUCCCCCCAACCUUCAGCAGGCCUUCACGUUCAUCUGAGGUGUUGUGGGCUGCACGCGUGACAGGCAUCACAUGAUAUGGCGUGAUACGUGUGUGUGGCACCAGUGUUUAUGGCAGUAAGGCUUAACAUGAACAAUGUGCUUCAUAUGCCAAAAAGUGGUACAAGUGGGCAUUGUCGGAGAUUAAGUGUUUUUUAUUUAUUUAUUUUUUUAGAGAGGAAACACUUAAUAAACAAGAGUAUGAGCAUUAUUCAAUGCGUUGUGGAACAUUACUACACAGUUAUAGUUGCUGAAAAAUGGAGGCAUUUCUUAAUGGUUGUUGUCUGACAUUUUAGAUUGUUUAGGUAUUUGAAUGUGCUUGAAGGCAUUAUUUGACUUGUAGCCACGUUGUUUUAUAAGUCUGUGAUAAGGUAAUAGUAAUGAUGGAGGUGAAUGAAUAUACAAUAAUGAAUUACAGUGAACAGCUAAAAUGUGAUGCAAGCUUUAGUUCACAGGCAUAACUGACCCACUUUAAGGAGCAGCAAUUUUUUCUGCCAAACUCCCAGCUGAUCUUACAGGUCCUGCAAGUACUCUUCAUAAAAAAAAAAAAAUAUAUAAAAAAUAAAUAAAAAAAAUGCUUUGUAGGACCUGGGUUUUUAGAGUGAUAAGAAAUAGUGGCUUGAAUCAUGAGUAAAAGUAAGAUGCAGUGGUUACAUAUGGCUUUUAAUGAUUGGUGACUUGUGGACAUGAUGUGUAUUUUCUGGAGUGGAUAUAUUCAUAACCUUGUUUCAAAGUCUACAAGAUAUACUACUUUACUCUCUCAAGUGAGUUCUAUUUUGGAAAGCUUCAUAUGCCACCUUCACAACCUGUAUAUUGUCCUUUCUAGCCUUGUGCACUAAAUCAUUGUAAGCUGACUCCGUUCACUUUCCAAGAUCUCUGUGACUGAAAGGCAUCGUUUCGGCUACUUCCGGUUGAACACUUUAGUGAAGUCUACUCCUCUUCUCUUAACCAGUUUGCCUUCAAGAUGUUUUUAAACGGAAGUUUUGUACUGUACGACUGUGCAUACAGUAUUUGACAACACUGUGGUCAAGCAAGAUUUUUCCUUUUUUCUUCAAUUUUAUCUUCGGCCUAGUUAGUGUUUCCUUAUUUACAAUGAUGAAUAACAAACAGUUUAGCAGGCUUAAUGAAAUGCAUGUUAGGUUAUUUUAUGGGUCAUUAUUGUCUGUGAUUGUUAUCCCUUUUGAAAUUUAGACCAAUUCUUAUCUGACAUUUUAGUUGCAGGAUAAUAAAGUAAUUGUUUUUUCUGCAUUAUUUUUUUAGGGUUAAGUAUAACAAAGUACAGUAAAUGAGGAGCAAAAUUUAUUUAUGUAACAUGAUUAUUUGUAAUCAGCUUCAUAUUUUUGUUCCAUGACGUGUGUUGUAUAGAGAUGUGUACACUACAGUAUUUAUGUCUCCAAAAAGUCCAGUUGUUUAUCUUACAAUUAAACAGCAUGUACUAGUAAAAGAGUUUAUGGUAGGCUAGAGGGCAGGGAGCACUACGUAAGUGAAUGAUGGAGGAGAGCACACCAGCACGUCACCACCGCCACCACCACCCACAAGUUUCCCUCUGCACUGUGACUGUGAUACUACUCCGGCAGUGAUCCAUUUUGUACCAGGCACCAGUUGCACUUUGGUUUUCACACUUAAUGGAUCAGUCAAGUAAUCCUUCAACACGCAUAUUAUGCAGCAUGAAAAUUGUACAGUUGUAGGCAGAAAUUCAUAUUUAAAGUUUGUAAUGAAAUAGUAUCUUAUACAUGUUCUUUUUUUUUAUUCAUUUUAGACUUUUCAUUCAUAACCUGGAUAUUGAGUCAUGAACUUAAAUUUUACAUUUAGCAAGGAAGUAUGUACAUCAAUGCUGUGGAUGUUGUUUGAUUAUCAUCAUUUUGUACUAUAUAUAUAUGAUCCAUGCUGUUACAGGACUUGUGACAACUGUGAAUGGUUAAGUGUAACUGUCGCCUCAUUUAAAAAGGAUGUUGACCCCCUGUGGUCAUCACAAACAAAGUAUUUGACUUUGUGAAUAUUUUAUUUAAAUCCUUAUUGGUGCACUCCAUACAAAAUUAUUUUGUACAAGUAGUGUGUUCAUCUACAUGCUGCUACAGUGUCCUCACCACUGGAUACAUACAUGGCAGUAACUUCACCAUUGCCUCCCUAGAUAAAUAUGAGGGUAUAGGCUGUAAAUGGCAAGUCUGGCUAGUAGACAGCUCCUUGCGUAUGAGCUGUAUUGGGAGCCAGAACAGAGGGGCACUACUACCAUCACGAGGGAGGAACCUGGCGCUAGGUCAAGUUUUCCUUUUAACCCUCCCCUAUAUUUCUAGGCUUUCAUAUUCUGUACAGUUGAUAUAUUUAGUUUUUAUUUUACGGGUGUCCAUAUUAAAAGUUUUACAGAACAUGCUUCUUUGCCCCCAUAGGUGAGUGAGUGUUAUGGUCUAACCAACCAUUGCUUCACGGACACUUUUUAGCCAGACACAAUCUGUACUUCUGUUAAUAAAUAAAUCAAUCAAGUAAUAAUAAUAUGUAAAAAGAUUCACCUUGAA